CUGGUGGCUGGAGCAGGAUCAGGAGCAGGAACAAGAGCCGGAGCAGAGCAGGGGUAGGGGCAGGAGCAGGAGCCGGAGUCCAGCCGAGCAGAAGCCUGAGGCAGUCAGGGGUCGGAGCCCGGGCGCUCAAACAUCAUGGAACUAUAUUUUGGAGAAUAUAAGCAUGUACAGCAGGAGUAUGGAGUACAUCUUAGGCUUGAAAGUGAAGAGACUAAAAAAUCAAGACUUUCUCAGAAUUCUAAGACAGGAUCUUAUGGUGUCAGUAUUAGAGUACAAGGAAUCGAUGGCCACCCAUACAUUGUACUGAAUAAUACAGAGAGAUGUUUGGCAGGUAUUCCUUUUGCAGAGAAUGGGCCAUCAUUUACAUCUCCAGGAAUCAAUGACCUAGCUCUACAUUCCAACACUGAUCCCAGGCUGGAAGAGAAAGCCAGUGAAGAAAUACAGUUCCCAGAAAACCCAUAUGUACAGCCCAGUGCUUUUAGAAGUCUAAAGCCAACUAGUCUAUACGAAGGUAAAAAUGGACUUCUUGAGCGCAAAGAUAGUUCACUAAAAUCUUCUAGUAUGUUGAACUUUCAGAGACACCCUGAACUUUUGCAGCCUUAUAAUCCUGAAAAGAAUGAACUGAAUUUAGAGACUCACAAAUCUCCUGAGCGUAACUGGACCAAAAUGCUUACAGAUGAAGCAAAAAAUGAUAAGCGUUCUCGAACUUGCUUUUCUAAACCUGCUCCUUCUCAGCCAGCUAGCAUGCCUUCAGGAGAUAUGUCAAAAUGCAAUGUGACAGCCAUUCGUUUGUGCAGCUCAAUUGUGAUAGAUGAUCCCAAGAAACAGGCAUCAGUGUGUCUAAAUGUUCAAAGCUGUGCCAAUGAAGGGCUGACAACUAGAUCGUCUACUCCCAGUGAAAAACCCCUUACUACCAUCCACCCUGAUACUCACCAGGAAAGCAAAAAAACCCGGCCAGAUGUGCUCCCCUUUCGCCGACAAGAUUCUGCUGGACCAGUGUUGGAUGGUUAUAGGUCACGGAGGUCUUCAUCAUCCUCAGCAACCCCUACUUCAGCCAACUCUUUGUACAAAUUUUUACUGGAUGACCAAGAUUAUGCCAUCCAUGCUGACAAUGUGAAUCGUCAUGAAAAUAGAAGAUAUAUCCCCUUCAUGCCAGGGACAGGCAGGGAUAUUGACACAGGAUCCAUUCCAGGUGUAGAUCAAUUAAUUGAAAAAUUUGAUCAGAAAGUUGGCUCCCAGAGAAGGGGGAGAUCCGGGAAACGGAAUAGAAUUGAUCCAGAUGAUCGUAAGAGGUCUAGAAGUGUAGAUAGUGCCUUUCCUUUUGGUCUCCAGGGAGAUUCUGAAUACUUAGAUGAGUUUAGUCGAAACUUGGGCAAAUCAAGUGAACAUCUCUUAAGACCGUCUCAGGUUUGGCAGGAGAAGCCCCUGUCUCGAGAACGUCGUCUACUUUCUGGUGGGAAACAUACCAUGGUAGGACAGACCUCUGGGAAACUGCAGGAACAAGGUCAGGAUUCUCUCAAUGGACAGCCUAGGCUUUCCCAGUUAAAUAAUGCAAACAAAGGUCAUGAAAAUAAAGUUAACAAGGACAGUGGAAUGAUGGGGCCCCCUAUACUCUCAGCCCAGAAUAAAAAGGAGGAGGAAACGAAAACAGCAACUGCAACGGUGGUGUUACAGAAUCAGGCAUCAUCCAUUUUGCCUGAUGCAGGGACGAAGAAAAUUUCCAUCAAGACACUUUCUUCUGCUACAAAUACUCAGGCCACACCUGACCUAUUGAAAGGCCAGCAAGAGCUCGCUCAACAAACAAAUGAGGAGACAGCUAAGCAGAUCCUUUACAAUUACCUCAAAGAAGGGAGCACCGAUAAUGAUGAUGCUACUAAGCGAAAAGUAAACCUGGUCUUUGAGAAGAUUCAGACUUUAAAGUCUCGAGCAGCUGGAAGUGCACAAGGAAACAAUCGAGCUUUUGAUUCUUCGGCUGAAGUCAGAGAGCUACUGGAACAGAGAAACAAGCUGAACAGGGAGGUUUCAGAACUUCAGAAACAGCUCAACCUAGAAAUUAAGAAUCAGCAAAACAUCAAAGAAGAGCGAGACCAAAUGAGAGCCAACCUUGAGGAGCUUCGAAGCCAACAUGAGGAGAAGGAGAAGGAGACCAUGACCUUGCAAAAACGCCUGGAUGACAGUGAAAUGGAACUCCGGAAAAAUCUAGAGGAGUUGUUUCAGGUGAAGAUGGAACGGGAGCAGCACCAGACAGAAAUCAGAGAUCUCCAAGAUCAGCUCUCAGAAAUGCAUGAUGAAUUGGAUAAUGCAAAACACUCAGAUGAUGGGGAGAAGGGAGCCCUAAUUGAGGAACUAUUACAAACAAAGCGGGAUCUACAAGAUAUUUUAAUAGCCAAAGAGGAGCAAGAAGAUUUGCUAAGAAAGCGGGAACGAGAACUCACUGCUUUGAAGGGAGCAUUAAAAGAAGAAGUGUCUAGCCAUGAUCAGGAGAUGGAUAAACUCAAGGAGCAAUAUGAUGCAGAACUCCAGGCUCUGCGAGAGAGUGUAGAAGAAGCCACCAAGAAUGUUGCAGUUUUGGCUCAUCGGAGUAGUACCUCACAAUCGACACAAGUGGAAGCAGAAAACCAGGUGAAAAUCCUAACAGAAGAAAAUGAGAAACUACAGAAAAAAAUCAAAGAACUAGAAGUGAGCCUGACAAAAUUUCAGACACUGGUUGAUGAGAUGAAAUUAGAUGAAGUCAAAAUGAAGGAAAAACUAAAGAAAUAUGAGGGAGAAAAGCAGCAAUUAGAAGAGGCCCUUUUAAGUGCCAGAGAACAAGAAAAGGAAAUACUCUCAGCAAAAAGGAUCCUGGAGAAUCAGCUAGAGGACAUUCAGAAAAAUCUCAACCAGGCCACACAGGAGCAGCAACAUCUUUCUGAGAAGUUACAAGAUGAAACAGAACAGAAGGAACAGUUAAGAAGGCUGAAGAAUGAAAUGGAAAAUGAACGAUGGCAACUGGACAAGACCAUUGAGAAACUGCACAAGGAGAUGGCUGAUAUUGUGGAAGUUUCACGGACAUCAACUCUGGAACUCCAGAACCAGCUGGAUGAGUACAAGGAGAAAAAUCGCAGAGAGCUUGCCGAAAUGCAGAGACAGUUAAAGGAAAAAACCAUGGAGGCAGAAAAGUCUCGCCUGACAGCUGUAAAAAUGCAAGAUGAGAUGCACCUGAUGGAGGAGGAAUUACAAGACUACCAAAGAGCUCAAGAUGAAGCACUCACAAAAAGACAACUUCUAGAGCAAACCUUGAAAGACCUUGAGUAUGAAUUAGAGGCCAAGAGUCAUCUUAAGGAGGAUCGCAGCAGACAAGUCAAACAAAUGGAGGACAAAAUUUCUCAGCUAGAAAUGGAACUGGAUGAAGAAAGGAACAACUCUGAUUUGUUAUCUGACAGGAUCACCAGGAGCAGGGAACAGAUUGAACAAAUGAGAAGUGAACUGCUCCAAGAGAGAGCUGUAAGGCAAGAUCUGGAAUGUGACAAGAUUUCCCUGGAGAGACAGAACAAGGAUCUAAAGAGCCGGAUGGUUCACCUGGAAGGUUCAUAUAGAUCUAGUAAAGAAGGACUAGUGGUGCAGAUGGAAGCCAGGAUCUCAGAGCUAGAAGACAGACUGGAGAAUGAAGAGAGGGACAGAGCUAAUCUUCAGCUGACCAAUAGAAGACUGGAAAGGAAAGUGAAGGAGUUGGUGAUGCAAGUAGAUGAUGAGCAUCUCUCUCUAACUGACCAAAAAGACCAGCUGAGCUUACGUUUAAAAGCAAUGAAGCGCCAGGUUGAAGAAGCAGAAGAAGAGAUUGACAGGCUAGAAAGUUCAAAAAAGAAGCUUCAGAGAGAGCUGGAAGAACAGAUGGAUGUAAAUGAGCAGCUCCAGGGGCAACUCAACAACAUGAAGAAGAACUUAAGACACAAGAAGAUGCCAAGUAAAGUGCUGGAUGAUCUUGAUGAUGAUGAUGAUGAUGACGACGACUUCAGUACUGAUGGGGGUAGUCUAUACGAAGCCCCCAUGGGAUACCCGUUCUCAAAGGAGAACGAUCCCACUAAAUCUACUUCUGCUUCCCAUGGUGUUUGAACAGUAAAUCCUCCUAGACCAGGCACCAAAGUGUAGCGGAACAGAGCCAGAUGCAUAAAAGGGUCCAUCUGGAGUGGGGAUCUUUCCCCUUUAUUCACAAUAUGUGCCAUUUCCUUAAGUAUUACAAUCCUCACUUUGGGUAGCCAAGCUGCAGAGCAACUCUUGAAUCCAAGGCAGGUAUACUCUGUGUUAUAAAACCUUUAGAAAACUAAUAGAUAGGGCUUACCACUGGUUUCUUACCCUUUGAGCACCAGCUAGUGGAGUAAAAAAAUCAAGAUGGUUUAAAAACAACAACAUCGAAUGAGGCCAAGGUCAAGCAUAAUAAUUAUCUCCUCUAUGACCAACACCAUUUGAUUGUCUUCACCAUCUGAUCUAUUGAUCCCAAAUGACAGGAUAUAGGGCAUAAUUUCUAUUUAAUGAUAUAUCUUCUAGAAUCUGAUGAUCCCAAAUGCCAGGGUAUAGGUAUAGGUUAUAUUUAAUAACUCUAAGUUGGGGAAAUCUGAUGUAUAGGUUGUAAAUAUGUUAAACUAGACCUCUGUAACUUCUCUUGUUCCAUUUUGGAAAGCCAUGGAAGUUUUGUAGGUCAAUUUCAUAUGUAAAGUAUGCAAAUCUAUAUUGAGUAUUAUAUCUUUUUAAAUAAGAAACUACUAGAUUUUAAGUAUUAAGACUGAUUAAAGACCAUUUUGAAUAUCAUUAUAAAAAGAGAGUGACUGGAUCUUGAAAGAAUUCAAAUAGUGAUCAUCAUGUUCUUUGGAAAAGCCACUUUUUAUAGAGGAGAAAUAGUUAGAGGUCAGUGGUAGUUGUUUUUUCCCCUCCACCUGCAAACCAAAUUAUUUCAUCCUGUCUCUAGAUUGAGUUUCCAUUCUUUCAUGUAAAAUGCACAUUUUACAUUUAAUGACAAGCUGAGAUAGGUAUAUCAACACCACCACUUUCAAACUUUUUGGGGUGGGAGGGAUUUGACUUCCAACUUUAGCUUUCUGACAGUCAGCAGUAGGUAACAGCUGCUGAGUACAGUAUAAGCAAGUAUAGGCAACCUUGCCACCGAUGAAAGCCCCCUCUCUGCAAGCCUUCCAGGCUUAUGAAUGGGAUGAUGCCAAGAGCUGGUGAAAUGGUGAGAGGUCAUGAGUGAAACAAGAAUUCAGGGUCUUGAAGACGGUAAGAGAGAGUUAGGAGGAUCAUGGGAGUAAGGAGAGAUGAGAAAGGAUAAGCAAGUGUAACUGGGUAUAGGGUAAGAAAAGUAGGGGAAACAAAAAUCAGGGAGGAAAAGGGAGAGUCUUGAAGUUGAAGGAUGAGUAGGUAGAACAUGGACUGAGCAGGAUCUAAGGUCUUGGUACAUUCUCCAAAGUGGGUAGCUAGAAAUAAUAGUGCCAUGAAAAAGGCAGAGGCUACUGAAGAACUCUUAAUUUCUGAGAACUGUGCCUUUGGGUGGCUUAGGGACAAGAAGGAACUUGAUCCUUCUUCCUUGACACCAUUAAAGUUCUGAAAGCGGUGGUUAGAAAAAAAAAUCAGGUGAAAAAGUGGUUGGAUUGUUUAGUGGUAAAAGAGAUAAAGGUGUGGCUGGUCAUUGCCAUUACCUUUCUUGAAAGUUGUCAUAGAUUAUAGAGUAUAUUUAGUGUUUCCAAUAGUCACUUCUCUUACAUCCAGGAUGAGACUUUGCCUUGUAGUGUGUUGGUUAUUACUGGUAUAUGGCAUAUAUCUCUUGGCCCAAUAUAACAACAAGGUUGUCAGGGAACCCCAAGGUAGACAAGGUAGUCCUCAGCCUAGGAAGAAAACAUUAAGAGCCAUAGGUGUGAUGGAGGAGGUAGAGUUAAUGAGACUUGGUCACUGCAUGUUUUUCCCCAGGUUACCAUGUGCUAUAUUGGAGGGUGGGAGUAGAACUUAGGUCAUAGACAAGAGAGUUCAGAGUACCUAUCUGUAAGAGGAACAAGAAAUCCCAAUAGACUUGUCCUUUCUCCCUCCUUCCCUGCGAUCCCCCUGAUGCUAGAAUUCUGUGGGACUGCAGGACUCCAAUAGGAAUGUUGCUUCCGAGAAGUCUGUAAGAAGUUUGAGUGAGUCUUCCUGUUUUCUCCAUCUGUCAAAGGAUGGGAACCAGGAUUCACAGCCACACCCUGGCAGUUUUGGAGACUCAUUCUAACUUUCUUUCCUUUUUAUUGUGUUAUGGUAGAUAUAGGACUAGAAUUGCUUCUCAGGAGAUUGGGGUUUUUAGGAGCCUAGCUUUUCUGGGAGCCCUUAAUCAUGUGACGAUUUGGAUAUACAAAUGCUAUGACCACAUUCUAUGUACCAGUUAUCCAGAUCUGGUGUACAUCUUUUCCAAUAGGGGUUUGCUGUAAGUAUACCAGAGUUCCUCAGCAUGACCUUCACUAUCCUGCUAUUUUCAUCUUCAAUAUUGCCAUUCUUCCUGACUAGAAUUCUCAUCCCACUGACAGCUAAAUGGCUGACAACUCAUAUCUAUUAACUCAGCAACUCUUUAUGGGAAAGAAGUGUCUUAAGUCCAGCCAAGCAGGACUAUUAAGAAAAGGGGGUGAGACAACCUUCUCCCUUGAAAAUAAAUGCAGUGACUAGCCCCAGUUGUAAGAUAAGAAGGCUUCAAAAGUAUUUCAUGGUAGCAUUUUUUAAAAUUCCUAUUCUGUUAAUAAAUUUAAUUUCCAUACUAUUUCCAUUUGAAUAUAGUUGUGAUUAGCUCACAUCCAUGUACCAGUUUUGCCAGUAGUUAGUGGCUAUCACAUAAGCAAGUCACUAAAUCACCUAGAGGAAGAAUUAGAUGAUCCAUAAGGUCUACUCCAACUCCAAAAUUCCAUGAUUCUUUUGUUCUCUUAUAGAUAUAGAUAUAUAAAUGAUUACUUUACCCACGUAUCUCUUUAAUGACUAACCCAAAGAACCUUCUCACUAAUGUUUUCUAUAGCUCUCCGAAAAACAUGUUCUUAACUUUUUUUUUUAAAAAGGAGACAAUUGGACCAGUGCACAAUGCUGUGACGACAAUCAUCAGAAAAAUGUUUUUGUGUGAGUGUGAUUUAUGAUUAUUUGUAUUUGGGAACAUCUUUUUACAAUGCCAAUAGAUGUGUGUUCAGCUCAGUUUUCUACUCAGCCAUAGUUUAGUCGCUGUUCUUUGUCACCAGAAAGAGAUUUUCGUUGCAGCUACCUCUAUGUAUAUGAAACUGUAAACACCAAGAUCAUUUUUCAAUAAACAAUAUCCAUCAACUUCCAUUA